AUGUCGGGGGCUAAGCCCUGUGAGGGUCUGAGCCCCACUGGAGGCGAGCAGGUGUGGGCCUACUUCGGGGGGCAGCUGCAGCCCGGCUUCCCCCGGCGCAUAGGGGACGAGUUCCCGGGGGUCCCUGGGGGGCUGGACGCUGCCGUGGAGUGCCACCCCGAGGAAUGCGGGGGCGAGACCAUCCUCUUCUUCAAGGGGGACACGGUGUACGCCUUCGACCUGGUGCUGCGGGUGACGAAGCCACGCACGUGGCCGGGGCUGGGCCCCUGCGACACUGCCCUGCGCUGGCUGGAGCGGUACUACUGCCUGCGGGGAACCCGCUUCCAGCGCUUCGACCCCCUCACUGGCAAGGUGCCCCCUGGCUACCCCCGUGAUCUCCGCGACUACUUCAUACCCUGCCCGGGCCGAGGUGAGUGGCAUGGGAACACCUCGUGGGGGGCUGCUGGUGACCGCUGCAGCGAGAUGCCCUUCCAGGCCCUCCUCUCUGAUGACACUGGACGCAUCUAUGCCUUCCGUGGGGGUCUGUCCUUCCGCCUGGACUCGCUGCGGGACGGGCACCACGCCUGGCCCCUGGGACAGACGUGGCCGGGACUGGAGGGAGAGGUGGAUGCUGCCUUCGCCUGGGAUGGACGCACUUACCUGAUACAGGGCUCCCAGGUCUCCAUCUUCCUCUCGGGGCAGGGCCACCGGCGGGUGCUGGGUUACCCACGGGCCCUGCAGGAUGAGUUGGGGGUCUCCAGCACUGAUGCUGCCUUCACCUGCCCCGGCUCUGCCAACCUCUACCUCAUCACAGGGGACCGCAUUCGGCUGGUGGACCUGACGCAGACGCCACGGCAGGCAGGCGAGCCGGUGCCGCUGCCCCACGACCACGUGGACGGCGCCAUGUGCACCAAUGACGGCGUCUUCCUCUUCCACGGCCCCAGCUACUAUCAGUACCACAGCGUGGCCCAGCUGCUGGGGGCCAAAGAGCCCGUAGCCCCCCAGAGUAUCGCCACCCACUUCUUCCACUGCCCCCAGUGA